AUGUCCCAACAGAAGAGGUUCUGCGGUAUCGGCAUAUAUUCCUUCAGCUGUUUUGCAAUACUACUAUAUAUAAUUGAUAAAUCUAUUGCUCAGUUGGAUGGUUACGUGCCUGGUGAUGAUUACCCAGUCUUCACCGAGGUGCCAAAGGGUCUAUCAUUCACCUGCAAUGACAAAAUACCAGGAUAUUAUGCUGAUACUGAGACCAUGUGUCAGGUGUGGCAUUGGUGCGUGCCGAGUAUAGGAGGGAAUGUUAUGUACUCAUUUGUCUGUGCUCCAGGAACUGUCUUCAAUCAGAGGCUAAGAGUCUGUGAUUGGUUUUAUAAGGUGGACUGUCAGAACUCUCCAGGGUACUACGGGAUCAACGAGGAUCUAUAUAAGGAUGAAACAGGGAAUUACAUCGCUGGCAAAAAGUAG